AUGUUCACCAUGGCAGGCUGCUUCUUCGGAGAAUUGAGCUACCUUAGUCCAUCUGCUAGAGAUGUGACCAAGGGCAUGUUUGUCCCCUCUCUGCGAGGGAAAGGUGCUACUGCCAAUGCGAUCGCGCUCUUUGGCGCUAUCAUCACACCGUACAACUUGUUCUUGCACUCUGCCCUGGUCCUCUCACGGAAGACCCCACGGUCAGACAAAAGCAUCAGAGCGGCCUGCAGAUACUUCCUUAUAGAGUGCAGCCUUGCUUUCGUCGUGGCGUUCCUCAUCAACGUCGCGGUGGUUAUCGUUGCUGGAUCCAUUUGUAGCGCUAAUAAUCUCUCUCCGGCCGAUGCCGGCGCUUGUGGCGAUCUUACUCUCCAAUCUGCACCUCUGCUGCUCAGAAAUGUUUUGGGGAGAUCAAGCUCUGUUGUGUAUGCGGUUGCGCUGCUAGCUUCUGGGCAAAGCACCGAAAUUAGUUGCACAUUCGCUGGGCAGGUCAUCAUGCAGGGGUUUCUGGACAUCAAGAUGAAGAACUGGGUUAGGAACCUCAUCACCAGGGUCAUCGCCAUUGCUCCAAGCCUUAUAGUCUCCAUUGUGAGCGGUCCGUCAGGCGCUGGCAAGCUAAUCAUCCUUUCCUCGAUGGUUCUUUCUUUUGAGAUGUCGUUCGCUCCCAUCCUUCUCCUCAAGUUUUGCAACAGCAGGAAGAAAGUAGGACCCCUCAAGGAGUCCAUCUAUACGGUGAUCAUCGCGUGGGCCCUCAGUGUGGCACUCAUCAUCGUCAACACCUACUUCCUGGUAUGGACAUACAUAGACUGGCUGGCACAUAACCACCUCCCAAGGUACACCAGCGCGCCGGUCUUUGUGGUCGUCUUUGCGCUCAUGGCUGCCUACCUCGUCGCCGUUGUGUACCUGAUGUUUAGGAAAGACAUGGUGGUGACGUAUGUACCAGUGGCAGAGAGGGUGCAGGGCCAGGCGGAGGCUGGUAGGGCACCGGUGUUGGCGUCCGGUGCAGACGGAGACCAGCCGAUGCCGUACAGGAAAGACCUAGCCGAUGCCUCAACCACUGGCGGAGCUAUGUGCAACCCUACAGGUGCCAUGCCUCCCCAUCCUUUCCAAAUUUACUGA